ACACGCCGUGCGGUCGGGCCUCUCUACGCGGAGUGCCGCGCGUAAAAUGACGUAGAGCGUUCACGUCGUCGGGCGUCGCGCGCGCGCUGCCGACGUGUGGUGAGCGGAAACGGUGCGCGGUGUACCGUCGCGGCGCGUCCGUAGCGAUCGGCGGUAGCGUACGGGAAAUUGGCCGCGGUGGCUUCGCCAAUGGAUGCCAGGCAGCCAGCAGCAGGGACGCCAUUUUGAUAUACGGGCGCACGUCAAGCGCUUCGCCUCGCAGUGAAACGCGCUCCUGAGUCGCUCUCCGCCGGCUGCGUAGGACCCGCGCGGCCGAAUUCGGACGUUCGCGAGCUAGCCGGGCAUCGCGACGCGGCUGGUGCGUGGUGCGUGGCGCAGCGUAUCCCGCGAGUUUCGUUGACAAGUGACAGGUGAAUCGAUCGGGGGCCUAUACGAGGAGAGUGCGAGAGAAGGAAGGAAGGCAGGCGGCAAGCAGGCAGGCAGGCAGGCAGGCAGACAAGCAAGUAAGCAAGCAAGCAAGCAAGCAGAGCAAGCAAGCAAGCAAGCAGCCAGGCAGGCAAGCAAGCUCUCUCUCUCACCGUCCGUCGCCGUCGUGCCGUUCGUCGCGUUUUGAGGCUCAGCGCGCGCGACAGAGAACCGAGAGCGGAGCGGAGCGGAGUCGACGCGAGUCGAGUCGAAUCGAGACGAGACGAAACGAAACGAGACGAGGCGAGUUCGAGCGUUAUCGUUUACCGUGCUGUGCCGUGCUGUGCCGUGUGCUGUCUCGGUACUGUGCUGUACUUGUGCUGUAGUCGUAGCGCGCGUCCCCGCGUAAAACACGAGUCGCGCUCUCGCUCGCCCGCUGCUGACUAUCUCGGCGCAUUCGAAUUUUUCGUGCACGCGGCGCGAGAGAGCUCCGGGGAGAGCGCGCUCGGGCCACCGAGAGAGCGUAUACGUCGUUACGCGGCGAGAGCAGGCGAUCCGGGGGCGGCAGGGAAAAGCUGCCGCCGUCGUCUCGUUUCGCGCGCGAGAGAGCGAGUGAACGCGCGCGCGAGAGAGAGUGAGAGAAGAAGAGAGUCAGAGAGAAAGAACGUGCUAGAAGAAAGAAAGAGAGAGAGAAAGAGACAGACAGAUAGAAAGAGAGAGAGAGAGAGAGAAAAAGAGCAACGAAGAGGCCACCAGCCGACUUCGGAGCAGGACAAGGCGACCCGAUGUUGGGAGCGGGUCGCGACCCCGUGUCGACCCGCGGUCGUCCUCGUCCUCGCGCGUCGUGCAUCGUAGGAGCAGCGACAUUAGCAACGGCAGGACUCUAUUCGCGUAAAUGUGCCCCCGUGCGCGCCCAUGUGCACCUCCUUCUGCUUCUCUGCCCGCUGCCCCUGCGUGCCCUGUAAACCCAGAGCACACCCCGAUUAGCACGCCCGCCGCGCGCACUCGUUACCCGCGAACAUGGCCAAGAUCCUCAACAAGGACCCCGUCACCUACGAGAGGGAGAGGGAGAACUUCCUGAAGGACCUGCGACACUUCCACGAAACCCGAGGGACUCUCUUCAAGAAGUCUCCGAGGAUCAAUGGGAAGGACAUAGAUCUGUACCUGCUGUACGUGGUCGUUACCGCUCAUGGAGGAUGGAUAAAGGUCAACACCAGAAAUGAGUGGGCGUCGUUGUGCGAACAGUUCCAUCUCCCGAACGGUUGUAUUAACAGCGGGGUCGGCCUUAAACAGAUCUACUUGCGGUAUCUGGACAGGUAUGAGAAAGUACACUUCUUAGGCGAGGAUGGUCAGCAGGCAGACGACGACGAUGAAGAUUCCAGACACCGGAAAUGGUCGGCUAGGGCAUUACACUCCGUUCCUCUCACUUACAAUCACCAUCAGCACAAUAUCGCAGAGUCCCUGCGCGAGUACAACGGACUUUCACCGGAUCUUUAUAAGCCCUCUAAUUACGACAAGCUCGCGCUGUCGCUCCUCUCGCCGCUGCCCAAUGAGCAGGACUUCGCCAUCAACGUCUGCACUCUCCUGUCGAACGAGGGUAAGCAUACCCUGCGGCUCGACAAGUACCCCAGGCUGGUGAACAUUCUUCUGGCGCACGCCGGCGUAUUCGACUCGCCCGGCACGCGGCAGCUCUUCAUCGAGGUGUAUUCGCGCGUCCGCAACUACUCGAUCAACUCCUUCUGGUCGGACGUGCUCGACUCCCAGGACGUGAUAGAUCUCACGAACGAGAGGGCCUUUAUGAAGAAGCCGCCUUCCAGCUUGCCGACGUUCUCCAGACGGAAGACACUUGAGAAAGAGAAGCAGAGUAAGAGCAGCGCCGGCUCCGCGUCAACAACGGAGAACGAGGAGCCGACAGCGACGACGACGACGACGACGACGCCAACGCCAACGCCAACGCCGACCCUGAUAGACGUCGAUGGGGUUCUUCCGGACUGUCCACGAUUGGAUCCGCUCGUAUCAUCGCAUUCGGACGAGAGUCUGAAGGAUCAGAACCAAAAUUCCAUCAAGUUCGAGGAAGAGGACAAGGAUCUGUUCUGCGUCGGACGGACAUUAGGCACGCAAGAUCCGUACGGACAACGCGUGCUGCAGAUCGCGUCGAUUCUGCGGAACCUCAGCUUCACGCCGGAAAACGCCACGGUGUUGGGCAGGAACCGGUGUUUCUUGAGAUUCGUCUUGUUGUGUGUGAGGGCAAGAUGGAGUAAUCUGCACCAACUCGGCUUCGACAUACUAGGGAACAUAGCGAAUGAAAUUAUUCUAAAAGAAGCCGGCGAAAGGAUAACGGACGUCGUGUUGUCGUGCGUGGCUCGGGGAAUCGAGUCUCAAGACAGGUUUAUCGUUAUAUCCUGCCUGGAGGUGCUUAACAAAAUCAGCCAACAGGACAGUAACGAGGAAAUCGUCACGUUCGGCCUGGCGGACGGUAUAUAUGAACUUAUAUGUCGAUUUUUAGCUCUGAGCGACAUAGCACUCUUAGUGUAUACCCUCGAAUGUUUGUACGCCUUAACCUCAUUGGGUGAGAGACCGUGUACGAGCGUCGCGCGGGUACGCGGUGCCAUCGACACGUUGGUCGCUCUUGUCACCGUGGAGGCGCAGAGUUACGGCCCAAAGGCGUGCAUCCUAAUGAGAGUAGUUGAGACGGUGUCGACGGUAGCGGUACCGCAGAGCACCGCGCAAAAUGCGCCUGUCACUCCGACCGUCCCGGUCACGACGGCGUCCGCGUCUACUUCAUCCACCCCGGUCACGAUUACCACGACACCAGCACCCGUCAGCCCGGCGCCUUCCCGACCUACGACUCCGGCGACGACCUCGACCAAGACGGCAACGCACAAAGCAGCAGCGGAUUCGGCCAACGCAAUCCAGCAGCAGACCGCGCAUCAGCAGAUUAUACAGGAGAACGAGCAGUUCGCCUUGGGUUGGGUGAAGGCCACGUUUGAACUCGCGCCGGGUGUACGCAUCGAACAAGAAGAGUUGUACAAAAAAUAUCUUGGCUGCUGUACGAAGAUCGGUAGGCGAGGUGUGAUAGCGCCGCUGCACUUUCCGAGAUGUGUCAGAUCCGUUUUCGGCAAUAUCGUGGGGCCGAAUCCGUUGAAGGGCGAAAACACCGGUACCCAGUAUUACGAAGGCAUCCGAGUACGGUCAACGCCCGCACCGAUCACUUAUCCGAGCCAAACUGCUGCGGUCGCUACUAAUACAGCCUCGGUUCAGGCGAUCAACGCUACUCCAGUAAAGGUGCUUCCCGUUCAACAGCGUACAGUCAAGAAUAUUAGUCCCGCACCCGAUAGCACGGCCUCGGCCGAUAAUCCCGCGUCCGGGACGCAAAUGAUUUCCAUACCCCCCGCGUCUCCGAUCCUCAAGGCCCAGUUGUCCGCCCCGCCGAAACCCCCGUCCAACACCCCGAGUCAGUCCCCAAAUCCAGUGACCAAGGUUGAUUCUAAAAGUCAGGUAUCAGUAUCGCACCCGCACCUGAGCCAAGCGUUGCUAGCCAGCGGCUCCCAAACGCCGCAGCAGCAGCAGCAACAGCAACAUCAGCAGCUGCAGCAACUGUCACAAAGUGUCCAGGUAGUUGCUAAGGAAGAUAAUCGAAGUGGCACUACAUCGAGUUCCAUUAUUAAGAGCCUAUUGGCUACUAAGGUAACAGUCAGCAGCGACUGCAUGCCCAGUGCUGCUGCGACUUGUGUGUCUACCCCUACUGCCUGCGUAACAAACACUACUGCUAGCAUCGCAUCCAGCAUCAGUGCCAACCAGCUAAUAACCAGCAACCAGGUCGCUCAACGCCAGCAACAACAAAGGUUACUGCAGCAGCAGAUGACAGGCGUGUUACAGCCCGCCGCGCCCGCAGCCACGCCAGCCACAAUACUCCCAAAGACUCCUGUGAACGCUAAGCAGAAACAGGCAAUCGUACCAAUUCCUGCCAAAAAGAUACAGAGGCUCAACGGAGCCAAGUUCGUCGUGACUAAUAAUUGCGAGAAGACUGAAGUAAAUGAUAACGACAAUGCCAAUCAAAUCGUCACGUCUACCACCACUACGGUGGUACUGAACUCGACUGAGAACCACAUAUCCUCGUCACCGGCGAAAGUAUGCCGGCCACCGUUGACUGCGACGGGCGUAAUCGGGACCGCAACUGCCGCUGCCACGAUCACAAAUAAAACGAAUCAACGUACUAUGUGUACUUCCAUCGCCGAGGACUCGGACUCCACCAACAACUCGUUGGCGUCGAGUAGCGGAAUCGGCGGCAGCAGAGACUGUUCCGGCGUCGGCGUCGAAGAAGAGAACUCGUUGACGAGUUUUGAAGGUAUUCUUCUCAACGGCGCGCCGAGUAAUAUGGACAUCGAUACGCAGGAGGAUGGCUCGUCCAAAGAUUCGUCCAGCGUAAGCUCGAAAGAAAAGCCUCUGCAGAGUAUGAUGUUGGCAGACCUUUUAGAAAGGAAAGUCGACAAAGAGCCCAUAUUGAACGGUGUGCUCGGUAAGAACUCGAUUAACGAAAAGGAAAUGGAUCUGGUGGAGAAUCACAUCAAGAAAGUAUUAAAGGAAUCUCCAACUGAGCUGAAGAUAAAGUCCGAAGUAGAAGGCGGCAACGUCAUACAGAACGAGGUGUCCGAGGACACGCUAAUAGAGGCACCGAGAGGAAUCAAGAGGUCGGCCAGCGAAUUGGACGAGCUGGAAAUCAAGAAGCCCAAGUAUUCCAACGGCACGAUAUCGCCAGACCCCGCCGUCGAUUCAACCACGGCGGAGUCGACAGUGUCGAGCAUCAAGUCCGAGGAUGACGAUAAGGACAGUGAGAAAGCCACCGUUUCGUCCACCGCGGCGAAUCUCUAUGCCGCUUUAGCGGCGGAUUGCAUAGAGGACGAGACAGACCUGGAGGAACAACCGAGCAUCAAUAAAGACGUCAUAAAGGAAGAAGUUGCUCCUCCUCCUCCACCUCCACCGCUUCACUUAAAAACGGAGUUGACGCCGGUGCUCAUGAAGGAGGAUCCACCAAUGCACAUCAAAGAAGAAGCCCCUCACAUAUUCAUCAAUCAGAUCACCCAGGCGCAACCUCCGCAACCGCCACCGCCUCAACCACCUCCGCAACAGCAACAACUCAUAGUGGCUACAUCCAGGCAGAUAGUGGUUCAGCCGGCAAUUCAGUCGAACAAUCAGAUGAUCAUUCCCACCACGACGGUGAAGGGUAGACCGCCGCCGCCCCAACCGCAAGUAUUGUUGCAGCAAGGCGCUGGCGGACAACUGCAAUACGUAGUGUCCGGCGCCAUGCCAGGACAGAACUACGUGUUAGCUCAACCACAAACGGCUCUGGUGCAAGGACAGGGUCAGACUGUGCUGCUAGCGCAGACCACACCGCAGCAAGGCACCGGUACCAAGACUAUCAUCAUACUGCAGUCGCAGACCGCUCCGCAGUCGACUCCGCAGAAGAUGGUGGCUAUGACACCGCAAGGCCAGCCGGUAGUAGUGGCGCAGGUGCAACGGCCGAUCUUGCAAAGCCCAGCGCUCAGCAACAUCCCGCCACCCCUUGUACCUACGUCUGCGACGAUCCCGCAGGCUUCCAUAAUAGUCAAUAGCUCGGUGGUGUCGCAGACGAAUCCAAACACGGUAACAGUGACGAUUCCGGCGAUAACCCAGCAACAAACCCCGGUUUCCACCAGUCUGCCGUCCAGGGUGGUGACGCCUACCCCACCGUCGACGCCACCGCCUACAAGACCGGCGACGCCGCAUCAGACGAUCGCCGGCCACGGCGUCGUCGCCGUGAAAUCGCCGCUCACGAAGGUCAUGAAGACGGUGAGCUCGUCGACAUCCAUCGAGCUGGAGUCAAAACCCUCCACAAGUCAGCAACAGCAACAUACGCCGCAGGUGACGGAAAACAAAACCAUCACGAUCAAAAUCGACCCCAACGCUUAUCUGUGCGAAUGGCGAGGCUGUCUUCGACAAUUUAAAACACCGCACGAGGUCUACCUUCACGUAUGCGAGGCCCAUUGUCCGACCGGUGGCGAGGAAAUAUUGUGCUUAUGGGCGAGCUGCGACGCGCUCAAGAGGCGCAGGUUCUCGUUAAUGACGCAUCUGUACGACAGGCACUGCAACGCGGACACGAUGUCGAUGAGGAGGAAACAAUUAACCGUAACGGGCAAGACCGAAGUCUCCACGUCCACACCGACACCGCAUCAUCCUGGAUACGCACCCAACGCCGCAUUCCACGCAAUCAAACGGCACGCCCUAGAGUUUGUGAAUCCUAAGGAGCUAAUGCAGCAGAGGCCGACCAAGCCCGCUGCAGCCACCUCUUCAAGCACUUCUUCCCCCAGACCUGGGCAAAAUCCUCCACCAGAACAGGAUGACAACGAAGGUCCCGUGACCAAAAGUAUUCGCCUAACGGCAGCUCUCAUUCUUAGAAACCUAGUCAUAUACUCAACACACGGCAGAAGGCACCUCAGAGCGUACGAGCCCCAUUUGGCAGGCGUGGCGUUAAGUAACGUCGAAUCAUCGAGAACGAUCGCACAAGUACUGUACGACAUGAAUGACCAGAGUAGCGGUAGCCAUAGGUGACCUCUUGAAUCAGGCCUCUAAAAAGUUCUAUUAACGUUGCGAGCAGCGAUCAACUUACGUUAUUUCGAGUUACACAGCGUACGGGAGUGCGAGAAUAAAUGGGCAGGCAAUGAUGUUCUCGCGAAAUCACUUACCGACAUUUGUGCGUAUACAUGGGUGGGGGAGGAGGUGAGUGCGUGCGUGCGUGCGUUUAUUGCGCGUGUGUGUGUGGUAUGCCCAUUGCGGAUCGAAGGUUGGGACUGUGGAGGGAGCAGGGCGGCAUCGGAGAUAAAUGUUCCAUAUAUAGAAAAAAAGAGGCCUAUAAACUUACUAGGCAAAUCGUUUUGCCAAUUUAGACUAAAAUAUGAACUGUAACUAGUGACAUGAAACAAAGACAGUAGUUGAAAUGAUAACAUGGAAAGGUGAUAACGUUUAUGAAUAAGCGAGAACGAGUGAAAGAGAGAUAGAGUGCGUGAGAACUAGCAAGUGUGGGAGUAUUGUAUGUCUACGUAUGUGCGCGCGCAUGAGAGAGAGAGAAAGAGAGAGCGAGAGAGAUAUUUCAGAUUUAAUAUUAAUAUUUAUUUUCUCAACAAAAAGUGAAAAAGUGUUUUUAGUAAACAUGUACAAAAAAGGGCGAAGAGAAUACUUUAUGGACGUUAUAGUUAAUUAUAUAAUCGAUAUAUUAUUAUAUUCUAUUAUUGUACGCCUUUUUUUCUUUUUUUUCCAUCAUAAGUCACCAAGACUUAGAUGUAAAGGACUAGAAUGUAAAGAAUGAGAAGAGGAAAUCUUUUUAUCGAAUGUAUUUGUUAGGAAUUUAUGAUUUGCUUAUAAUUGCAUAUUGCAAUUACAUGGCUAUAUUAUCGUCUCUCUUUGUUUUAUUA